ACCAGUGAACAGUAAACAAACUGCCAUGGCUCGACCAGAAUUUCAGUGCACAGAGUUUUGGGUGUGCAAUUAAACCAGUUACAAAAGCUGACCCGCUUAGCCUGCUGAGUGGCUGGCUGGAUUAGAAAGACAUGGGCCCGCAGCUCGGCGCGCAUGUGCAGUAUCCGCUCGGUCUUUAAGUGGAGCAGUUGUCGCGAAAGUGAAAGGAUUACGGCAUGGAGCGUUGGAUUGUCUUCGGUGUCUGCUGUUGCUGCUGGCUGGCAGCAUCCGCCCAGGCCUUGGAAAGUGUCUUUGGAGCCUAUAAUCUGGAGCUGGAGUUCCCAUCGCCGCAGGAAAGACAGCGCGUGCUGAGAGAGGGACUCUACGAUCCGGGCAGCGUGAUUCCCAUCGAUGUGGACGUCUACUACAAGCAUGGCGAUGCCACGCCCUCGAUAUUCGUGACCAUUCCGCGUUUCGCCAAGGGCGUUCCAUACUCUCUGGCCUACGUCACAAACGAAAUGCGUCCGAACGGAACUCUCCUGCAGGCUUAUCCCAGCUACGAGUGGCACAAAUCCCACGGAGCCGACUGCAAUGGCUUGACUUCGGUGUACCGCACUCAGAUAGACGAGUGCGGGCGCAUGUGGAUCCUGGACAGCGGAGAGAUCGACUUCAUUCAGCACUGCCCGCCGCAGCUGUACGCCAUUGACUUGGAAAGCGGAAAAGUCGUGCAUCAGUACAAGAUGCCCAAGCGAUUGUACAAGGAGGGCGUGAGUCGCUUUGUCACGCCCACCGUGGAGCUGGACCCACACAACUGCGAUGUGGGAUUCGUGUACAUGGCGGACUCCAUUGGAGACGGCAUUGUGGUGUAUGACGUGGCAGCCCAGCAGUCGUGGCGUAUUGAGAACAAGUUCACGUAUCCCCAUCCAGACUUCGGCACAUUCACGAUAGCAGGCGAGAGCUUCCAGUUGUGGGACGGCACGGUGUCCACCACUCUAACGCCCCACGACUUGGGGGGCCGGCGGAUGAUGUACUUCCACUCGCUGUCUAGCGAGUGGCAAAUGGCCAUUCCGUUGGAUGUGGUCAACAACGGCAGCAACUGGCGGCUGAACGAUGUGAGCGCUGCCUUGGAUCAGUUCCAGUUGCUGGGCAAGCGGGGGAGUCAAUGCGUUGCGGCGGCCAUGAGCGAGUCCGGCUUUCUGAUCUGCGGCCUGGUCCAGCCGGCCAGCAUUUUGGCCUGGAACAUCCGCACCGGCUACAGCCAUCAGAAUCUGGUCAUGCUGGUGGAGGAUGAGCAGCGCCUGCAGUUCGCCAGCGGACUCAAGAUAGUGCGGAACCACGAGGGCAAGGAGGAACUGUGGGUGCUGUCGAAUCGGCUGCAGAAAGCCUUCGGAGCGGGUCUGGACUACAAGGAGAUCAACUUUCGCAUACAGAAGUGCGGGGUUCAGGAGCUGCUCAGCGGCAGGCCUUGCAACUAAGUCGCUUUCCACUGCUGCUCAAUAAAGCCAAUGAUGAAAUAA